AUGGGCGUGGACAGACUCUACAAUCGUUCUCCAGUGGCUAUCCGCGCAUCCAAGAAAAUGGAAAACCUACGUGGCGAACCGAACAGCGGAAAUACUGGAACAUUUGCCACGACAGCACUGGAACCACGUCAAAGCGAGGAAAACCCAGCAGACUGCGCAAGUCGCGGUCUUUCUCCGACCGACUUCGUUGAACAUGAGCUUUGGUUCCAUGGCCCAGGUUGGUUGAAGGACAAUCAAUCGACAUGGGACAUUUCGUCGGUGCAGUUCUGUAAGGAGGAGGAAGAUUUAGAAAAACGGCAACCAAAGGUACUGCACGUCUCCAUAAUACCCGUACGGUCGAACUUCGAAAUUGAGUACCAGCUUUUAGAAAGACGAUCGAAUUUCACGCUGAUCAUUCGUACUUUGGCUUGGAUUAAUCGUUUUGUGCAUAACGUUUUAUGCAGAGUAAGCGAUAAUCGACAAUCGGAUGAACUCACGCCAGAUGAACUAAAGCAGGCCAGAUUCCAGAUGGCGCGUGCAGUACAACAUGAAGUAUUCGAGUCAGAGCUCGGGCAACUGCGAAAGGGAGGUGCCCUGAAACCGAAGAGUUAUCUUUCGUCAUUGUAUCCAUUUUUGGACGACAAAGGUACAAUGCGGGUAGGUGGCAGACUACAAAACUCGGUCCUACCAUAUGAAGCCAAGCAUCCAAUUAUUUUGCCUCAGAAUCAUCGAGCAACAACUCUUUUAGUGCGUGAGCUGCACCUGCGUAACCUUCACGCGGGCCCGAAUCUGUUAACAGCGUGCAUUAAUCAACAAUACUGGAUUAUCGGAUGUCAAUCAGUAGUGCGCAAGGUUGUUCAGGAAUGUACUAGAUGUGUUCGACUCAAGGGAAGACUGGCAAAUCAACUAAUGGGCAACCUUUCACCAGCACGAGUACUAGCGACGCGGUCUUUUUACCUUGUCGGCAUAGACUUCACCGGGCCACUGAAAAUCAAGGCAACGUGUGUCCGAGGAGUUCACGUGAUGGAGGGUUACAUUGCGGUAUACGUGUGUUUAUCAACACGUGCCGUACAUCUUGAGGCUGCCGGCGACAUGUCAACGAAUACCUUCCUUGGCACACUGAAGCGCUUUAUAUCUCGCCGAGGUUAUCCUAGCGAAAUAUGGUCAGAUAAUGGCACCAAUUUUAUUGGGGCCGAUCAUACAUUGCAAGAUCUUUUGAAGCAAGUGCGCACCCACGAUAAGGAGGCAAGCCGGUUUCUAUCCAACAUAGGAAUAAAGUGGACCUUCAUACCGCCUUCCGCGCCCCAUAUGGGCGGAAUAUGGGAAGCCGCCGUGAAAAGUGCAAAAUGGCAUCUGGUGGCUGAACUGGGAACCGAAGCUAUCACGUUUGAAAAUCUUUCAACAAUACUGUGUCAAGUCGAAGCUUGUCUAAACUCUAGGCCCAUCUGUGCCUUAUCUACCAAUCCAGACAGUUGUGAAGCUUUAACCCCGGGACAUUUUUUAUUGGGCAACUGGUAA